AUGUCUGCUGAUCAUGUAGCAAUGGCAAUGUUGGCAAUGUCCGAAACACUACGAAAUCAGAAGCCGCCUAAAUUGAAAAUGGCCAUCAAAUGUGCUCGGGUAAUAUUCAAACUUUAUUUCUGAAAAUGGAUUUUACAUUAAGGGAGCCUUGAAACUUUUCCUAUCCCCUCCAGUGCAAGCUCAUUGCCAUUUGCAACUGGGAAAGCUGUUGUUUUUCUACACGGAUGUGUAUGACUUGACACGUCAACAUCUGGAAACUGCGGUAAUUUCAUCAUUGAAAAAAUAUUCAGAAUGAAGAUUUUUUAGUACUCGAUGAUGAUUCAAAUGGGCGUGAAUUUUGUUGAACAAAGACUGGAAGCCCUUUCCUUCAUCUGCGAGCUGUACAUCCAUUGUAAUUUCACAUAAAUGAAACAACGGAGUUCAUUUCUUUUUACAGGCCGCCGCUGGAAGUUCCUCAAAUUGUUGCAUGAUAUCGGCUCGGAACUAACAACGGCUCGACAGCACGAGCUCCCUCUGUACUAUCACAAGCUGCUGCUGUACUAUAUUGUAUUUUGAAUUCAGUUGUUUUUUUUUCUAAGCUUUUUUUUUGUAGGAAAUUAACACAUUAGAUAAUAAUUCCUUACAAGCGUUCGAAGGAUGCAAUGUUGCUCUGGAGACUGUGACCGACCCUACGAUUCAACUCUAUUUUCGGAUCACCAAAAAUCUGGUUGGUGCCUAGGAAUCUCAGGGUCGUCUCUAUAGGGGUCGAAAAAGUGGCCUCUAUAGGCCUAAAAUUGAGGUGGUUCCUAUAGGGGUUUAGGAUCGACUAGCAUGUCCCCUAUAAGGGCCACUAACUAAAACCCUUGUAGGGACUUCUUCUGCAAUCUUUAGUGACCCCUAGAUGGGUCCUUCAAAGGCGCCUAAGGUUGCCCCUAUAGGGACCACUCUGGAGUUCCUAAGUGUUAUUUUGGAAGAAAAUUCACAUGGAAUUCUCAGAUUUCGUGUCGCUUGGAGAACACGGAGGUCGACGCCGAGGAAAUGACGCGAAUCGGAUCGAUGAUCCAGAACUUGGAGUCCGACGAGUUGGAUCGGCCCCACAUGGUCAACCUCAAGUUCUUCUACAUGUGCACUAAAUUGGCGCACAUGCUAACUGAUGGACAGGUUUUUUUCUAUCCCAUUACUGUUAUAAACUUUCCGACUUUGACAAAGUUAUUUUGUCGAUUUCAGACAAGAAGCUCCCGUGGUGUCCUGCGAGCCGUUCAAAAUGAGGUUGGAACAUUGGUCGAAACAGUUCCAAUCAAUGGAAUCAGGUUUUUUUUAGUUUUGCAACUUUUUUUGAACUAACUCUUUUAUGGAAGAAAGAGAAAACUGAAAAGAGUUUUGAGAAAUUAUCGGCUUGACCUCAUAUUAGGUUGAAAGAAGUUGAUUUCUCAAUAAUUUCUCUUAUUCGAGUUUCAAAAAAAUCCGGCUCAGUCGGUCGGUUCGGUCACAUUCUUAUAACGCCUAUUUUUUUAAAUUUUUCAAAAAUUAAAGAGUUUUUUUGGACUUUGUAAAGGUUUUUAACAGUUUUUAAAGUACCUAUUUCUUGUUAUAGGACGAGUUUCGAAGUCAGUUUUUUUCGAAAAAUUCUGGCCAUUAUAUUUCACAAAAAUCCACUUUUUCUGAAUUUUUCCAUUUUUGCCAAAAAAUGCUAUUAAAUCUUAAUGAACAAUAUUCUUGACACAUUUCAGGUCGAAAUAUAAAAGGUUGACAUGAAAUUUAUUGAAAAAAAAAAACGCAUAAUCUUCUAUUUUGAGCAGCCAAUAUUCGGCUUCUCGAAUUUAAAACCUAACCUGAAGCGAGAGUUCUACGCAUUUUGGACAUUUAAGAACUGGAAAAACUUGAAAAUUUUCAAAAAAAUGGCAACUUUGAAAAAUUGACCGACCGACUUUUCCAGCAUGGAAUCCAGAACUUUGGAUCAAAAAUUGAUUCGACUUCUUUAGAUUUAGAAACUGUUAUAGUAUGUAGAAAAAGAAAUAGAAAAAUUGCAUCUUUCAUGUCUAUAGUUUGGCCUCAUCAGAUGGAUGGACACCAUGCCGAUGACGGUUUUCGCCUGCCUCAUGACCAUUGUCAAUUCGAUGCUCCAGUGCAACUACGAAAGGGCGCUCAAGUACUUCAGAGUGGCCAUCAAACACGUCGACGACCUCAUAUCCAAGGUAUUCUGAAGGCUCUCCCGCGUUUUUCUGAGCAUCGCUUCAGUCUGUACGCACCCCGACGGAGUACUGCGUCAUCCGAAGUGUGAACAAAAUGCGCGUCGGCCUUCUGGAGCUCAUCGGCAUGUGCAACGUGAUGGCUUGCAAGCCGUCCGUCGGAAUCAACAAUGUAUUUCUUUUUUUUUUCGGCUUUGGGUGAUAUUUUCUCUUUGCAGAUUUAUGAGAUUAUGCAGUACGCCUGGCGGAACGGUUCCUCAGAAAUGUACAACGAAAUCGUGCCGAAUAUUCAGAACCUUUUGGUAUUGCUUUGAUUUUAUCGCUUCAUUUUUUUUUUCGAAACGUUCUUCAAUCUGUAAAAAAGAGUGUACCUUCUUGAUUUUUACCAUUUGAAUCAGAAAAUAGAGCUUAAAGUUUCAUCUAAUAAUUUAUUUUGAUUUUCAAUUUUUUCUUCUAGAAUUGUAUUUUACUUGACUCACUACAACGUGAGAGACUCAAAAAUUUACGCACCCAAAAUGUUUAAAAAUCAUUUCUCUUUAUUAAUCCGAUAUAUUGAGAAACGGCUCGUACUGAAAAAUCUUCAUUUUUUUUUUCACUUUUCCAUUUCAGGGCUUGAUAUGUUGUUACAUGCGGGACACGGAAAGUGCUGAGAAGCAUUAUCUCACGGCUAUCAAGGUUUUAUUUCUCUCCGGUCUUUGCUGAUUGGAUACGUUCAGUAUCAACACUGCAUGGACAGAAAUCUCUACGUGAUGAUCAACGUCAACUUGGCCUUGUUGUACUUGAACGAGUGCAGGAUGGCCGAGUAUUACGAUGUUGCCGAAAGGUGAGAAUUCUUAGAGACUCCAGAGUGGUCCUUAUGUAGUUUGGAGGAAAUAAAAGCCCCUGUAGAGGCCGAAAAAGUGGUCCCUAUAGGGGUUUAGGGUCUGACAACUCAGCCCCUAAAGCUUAAGGGGUCCCUAUAGGGGUAUUUCAAGUUAGUUUAAAAAUGCUUUUUUAUUUAAUUUUUUGCAUGCAAACGCUUCUCUAGAGUACAUAAAAUUUAUCGAUUAGCAUUUCCCCUUUUGGGGAAACUAAAUAAAAAAAACCCUAUAGGGACCAAUUUUGCAAGCUUUAAUGGCCCCUGGAGAGGUUGGUAAAGUGGUCCCUAGAAGGGGUUCUUCAACGGUCCUCAAGGCUGCCCCUAUAAGGACCAUUCUGGAGUCCCUAAGCUGCCCUCUUGUAGAUUCCCCUCAAACUCUUGACUUAUCGAUUUUCAGAUUAUCGGCAAAUCGAAUUUCCAAGUGCUCGACCAUCGUCAAACACAACGUCGGCUUUUUGACGGCUUUUCAUAAUUAUCUGCAGAAUAAAAUCACCGAGUGCAGGUUUCUUAUUUUCCUGAUUGGUUUUUUUUUUCAAGAUUGAGUUAAUCAGUUCAACCUUGAUACUGAAGCUUUUCAUUGGUUAAUACGUUUUGAUUCAUUAGAAACUGUUCUUCAAACUAUUUCUUUCAGAGUGGUACUGCACGACCUUCUGGAAGCAGCCAAGGCCGAGGAUUUGUUCAGAUUGCACGGAUUGGGAAUUCUCCUGCUGUCGAAUAUGGUCCCUGUCGUUGAAGAAGUUUGUUUCUAUUUUAAUCGUUUUUUUUCUCUCUCGAAUCAUCCGAUAUUAACAGGACGCCAGCUUCGACUAUGAAGGAUUUUUGGAGGUUUUGUAUAGUUGUCCUAGUGAUUUAAUCGUCUAUCUGAACUCCUACUCUGUCAUAUUUUUGCACUUUCCCAAAUCUAAAGCAUACUGCAUCGACCUUGUUCCUUUGAAAAUUUGAUUGCAAACAGAAGUUUCCUGUUAGUGCAUGGGAUAUUCUUGGCUCACGUCCAAAUUUUUUUCUCACUUUUUCUUUCUAUUUUUCUCAUUAUUUUCACGAAUAGGUCCAAAUAGUUUUUAAAAAAAGGUUGAAAUAGAAAGUUUUUCUUUUAAAUCAGUAACUUUAGUUUUCACCAUUUUCCCUGGAUAUGUUGAUAUUUAAAAAAACGUCUGAAAACUCAAAGGACAAAGAGAAAUAACUCAAGGUCGAGGCAACCUUUACUCCAGAAGAAAAAAACAGAAAAAGUUAGUUCAUUGUUAAUGAUAAGACAACGAAGGAAAUUAAUAUUUGAACAGAGGAAGUAAAUUUUUUUGAACUUUACUUUUUUUAGUCAAAAUUUUUCGUUUUUCCAAAAUUAGUCUGUCAAAAUGAUAGUCUCGGGAAGACUUUGAGUGGCCACUACAGAGGCUCCCCAAGGACUACUUGGAGAGGACAAUAAAGUGGCCACUAAAAUCACCUCUAGAGACGCCACUAUUUUGUGAAUUAGUGUCCACUAUAAUAGUUUGAAUUGUCUAAUAGUAUCUCUUAGACUUCUAAAGAGGUCUAAUCUUUAGCCACUUAAGUGGCCACUAAGUCGAUCAUUAUACUUUUUUUUAAAAUUUUACUUUACGUUAACCAAUUCGAAGGUAUACUUUUUCUGAAAGAUUUAAUUUUUUGAAGAAUGCUUUUCAAAAUAAAAAUUUCAAAAAAACUUGGAAAAAAAUGAAUUGAAAUUUGAAUCUGCACAACGUACACUUUUUCACAACUUCUUUGAUUUUUUUGAUAAUUUGAAAUUGUUUAUGUACAAAAAAAUCGAGUUGCGAUUUUUUUUAAUUUGUAUGUUUCAUUUAAAAAAAUCAAUUCUUUUGAAAAUCUUCGGUUUUCCAAAGUGGAACGACCUGAUUAUCGCAACUCGAUUCUCAUCAUCAAGACUUUUUUUUAAAAAUAGUUUCCUUGAGGUGAUCAAGCCAACCGGCGAAUGGAGUCAAAAAGGCUUGGAUCAUUUCGUCGUCUACUGGAGCAACAUUGUGCUUGGCAGUAUGUUGCCAGCAAUUGAAACAUGAAUUUUCGUUCCUUUUUCACAGAACUCGAAGAGAAACGAGGGGGCAAGUCUUCGAAAUAUAAUGAAAUCGCGCGACAGUCGUUUGACUUUUUGGAACUCAGAUCUUUGACGGCAGACCUCGAAUCCUCACCGCAUAGCGGGCUUCUUCAGGUGGUCUUCCGAUUCAAAUUUUCGAUAUCUAAGAUCCUUGGUUUCAGUUGUACGAUCAGGAACCGAGCGUUUUCCUCUCAAAAGAAGACAUCCUUAGUUGA